AUCGCAGCUGCUUGUCUUGAAUGAUGGAGAAGAAUAAGAAAAAUGUGCUGCUGUGCUGCACAGGCAGCGUAGCAACUAUCAAACUGAAACCAUUGCUUGACGAAAUUUUAAAGCAUGGGACGGUAGUGCGUGUUGUUGUCACUGAACAUGCUCAGCAUUUCUUCAGUGCCGGUGAUAUACCUGAUGGUGUUGAAGUUUUCCAAGACUCUGAUGAAUGGUCCAUGUGGAAGAAGAGAGGCGACCCAGUCCUGCACAUUGACUUGGGUAAAUGGGCAGAUGCCAUACUCAUUGCACCAUUAGACGCCAACACUCUUGCUAAAAUAGCACAGGGUAUAUGCGACAACCUACUGACAUGUGUCAUCCGUGCAUGGGAUGUGAGGAAACCUCUUCUUUUCUGCCCGGCUAUGAACACUCGGAUGUGGGAGCAUCCAGUGACAGCAUCACAAAUAUGUAUUUUGAAGAGUUGGGGCUACACCGAAGUUCCCUGUAUUGCCAAAACUUUAGUGUGCGGUGAUACAGGUCUCGGUGCUAUGGCAGAACUAGAUACUAUUGUUAAUGCAUUAUUGGGGACCAUUAGUACUGUUUAACUCUUAUAUUGUAAAUGUUGUAUGGGUUGGUAAUUAAAGCUUUGUAACCACUAGCUUCAA